AUGGCUGAGGCUCACCAGGCUGUGGCAUUUCAGUUCACCAUAACACCAGAGGGCAUCGAUCUGCAGCUCUCUUAUCAAGCCCUGAACCAAAUCUACCUGUCAGGAGUACGAUCGUGGAAAAAACGUGUCAGCCGCAUAAGGAACCGGGUGAUCAAGGGAAUGUAUCCAGCCAGCCCUUCAUCCUGGCUGUUUGUCGUCAUUGCCAUCUUAGCCACCAUGUACAUGCGGUCUGAUCCUAGCAUGGGCCUAAUUGCCAAGAUACAGCAACACCUUCCCCUCAGCCUCCAUGUGUCUCUCAGCGCUCAGGGCCAGACAAUGCUUUCUGCGUUGGUUUUCAGCACACUUUUGUGGCUGUCCCUCAUCCUGGCUCUAAGGUUUUGCCUUAAGCUGCUUCUCUCCUACCACCAGUGGAUGUUUGAGCAGCAUGGUCGAGUUUCCAACACUACCAAAGUAUGGGUGACACUACUGAGGCUUUUAUCUAGCAGAAAGCCGCUACUGUACAGCUAUCAAACGUCGCUACCUCAUCUCCCUGUUCCUGCUAUAAAGGACACUUUGAGCAGGUACUUGGAGUCAGCACGCCCUCUGUUGGCAGAUUCUGAAUUCCAACGGAUGACAAAAUUGGCCUCCGACUUUGAAUGUAACCUGGGAAAUCGACUCCAACGCUACUUGAAACUUAAAGCUCUCUGGGCUACUAACUAUGUGAGCGACUGGUGGGAGGAAUAUAUUUAUCUCCGGAGCCGAGGCCCCAUAAUGGUCAACAGUAAUUAUUAUGGCAUGGAUUUCCUGUACGUGACCCCUACUACCGUCCAAGCUGCAAGGGCAGGCAACACAAUAACUGCUAUGCUCCUCUACCGCCGCAAAGUCAACCGAGAGGAGCUGAAACCAAGCCGUGUUCCAGGAACUGUCAUACCUCUUUGUGCUGCCCAGACUGAGAGGAUGUUCAACACAACACGCACUCCAGGAGUUGAGACUGAUGUUCUCCAGCACUGGUUGGACAGCGAGUUUGUUGCAGUGUACCACAAAGGCCGCUAUUUCCGCUUGUGGGUGUACCGGGCUGGCCGCCUGCUCUCUCCUAGGGAGAUUGAGUAUCAAAUUCAAAAGAUCCUGGAUGACCCUUCGCCCCCACAGCCAGGAGAAGACAAACUAGGAGCACUUACUGCUGGAGACAGGAUUCCUUGGUCUCAAAUGAGAAAGCAGUAUUUCAGCACCGGUGUGAACAAGCGAUCGCUAGAUGCCAUCGAGAAGGCAGCCUUCUUUGUGACCUUAGAUGGUGAUGAGAAAGGCAUGAGAGGAAACGACCCAGUAGGAAACUUGGACCGCUAUGCCAAAUCGCUGCUCCACGGCAAAUGUUAUGACCGGUGGUAUGAUAAAUCAUUUUCAAUUGUGAUCUACAAGAAUGGAAAGAAUGGACUGAAUGCUGAGCAUUCUUGGGCUGAUGCACCAACUGUGGCUCACCUUUGGGAGUAUACACUCGCCACUGAUGCUUUCCAUCUGGGAUACACUGAGGAUGGGCACUGUAAGGGUGACGUGGACCGUUCACUACCACCCCCUCAGAGGCUUAUCUGGGACAUUGCGCCAGAGGUUCAAGAUCAAGUGUUCAGAUCGCUUGCUGUUGCCCAGGCUUUGGCAGACGAUGUUGACUGCCAUGUGUUCCCCUUCAGAGACUUUGGAAAAGGACAAAUUAAGAAGCUUCGGGUUAGCCCUGAUGCCUUCAUUCAGAUUGCAUUACAAUUGGCAUACUACAGGGAUCGUGGAGGUUUCUGCCUGACUUAUGAGGCAUCAAUGACCCGUCUCUUCAGGGAAGGAAGGACAGAGACUGUGCGGUCCUGCUCCAACGAAAGCUGUGACUUUGUCAAAGCUUUGGAGAGUGGAGAGACAGCAGAACAAUGUCGACGCCUCUUUAGAUUGGCUUCAGAGAGACACCAGAAUCUUUAUCGACUGGCGAUGACUGGAGCAGGGAUUGACAGACACCUCUUCUGCUUGUACGUCGUCUCGAAAUAUUUGGGAGUUGAAUCACCUUUCCUCAAAGAGGUUCUGUCCGAGCCUUGGCGCCUCUCCACCAGUCAGACACCAGUUCAGCAAAUGGAGCUUUUUGACUUGAAGAACCAUCCGGAAUUUGUAUCUCUCGGCGGAGGAUUCGGACCUGUUGCAGAUGAUGGUUACGGCGUUUCUUACAUCAUUGUGGGUGAAGAUAUGAUCAACUUUCACGUGUCCUGCAAAUACUCCUGCAAUGAAACGGACUCCCACAGAUUUGGAGCUCAGAUAAACAGAGCUCUCCAAGACAUCAUGAGCAUCUUGUCUACUGACAUAAAAUCUCCCUCAUGGUCCAAAGCCACAGACGAGCCUAAGCCUAACAAGAACCUCUGA